GAGGUGCACCUGCGCAAGAUCAAAGCCCUGUUCAGUGAACUGGGUGCAGAAGAUACCGGCCUCAUCACCUUCGCCAUGUUUGAGGAGAAGAUCGACGCUCCAGAGGUGCGGGUGUAUUUUGAAUCCUUGGGCCUUGACGUGGACGACGCUUGGGGGUUCUUUAAGCUGCUGGACAGCGAUGGCGGCGGCUCCGUUGAGAUAGAGGAGUUCUUCCUCGGCUGCCUGAGAUUCAGAGGACAAGCCCGGUCGAUGGAUGUGGGAAAGCUUAUUCAGGAUCAGCGCUGGAUAAUUCGGAGCAUGGGGCGUUUCCAGGGAUACGUCGAAGCAGAGCUCACGUGUCUUCGGGAAGUGCUGGACCAGAUCAGCCACUCAACAGCUGCCUCAUCGCAAGUCCAUUCGCGAAUCCAUUCUCGAGCUGCGGCACUGGCGGCACAGCACUCGCAGCAUCUGCAGCCGCUGCCGUCGUUGUUUGAUCACGACACGUGA